AAGAGCAAAAGCGGUUGUUGUCAACCCGAGCUAACUGUAGCAGUUGGUGAUCACGUUUGCUAUCGAAUACAAAUGUCACUAAAGACUCGCUCUCGUCUCGAUACAUGCGUAAACUGAGACUUGGAGUGUCUUUAUUAAUGCCGUCGGGUGGCUGUCAAUAGGGCGCGAUGGUGGACCGCGGCUCCUGGGCGGAUCGCCAGGGACAGGUCGGAGACCUGAGGGGCCAGAGCAAACAGCAACUACGAGAACUGCUGCGGCGGCAGGAGAAGAUUCUGUCCAACAAGCAGUUGUUGAAGACACUCCCUGACCAGGGGAAGAGGAUCCAGGAGUUUUCGAUAAGAUUGCAGCAGGCCAUCGACUUACACGAGGAGGAAGAGAGGAAACAGAACUUGUUAUCUGAAGCAGGAGAAGAGUUGCGGUCCAAGUAUCGGCAAGCCUUCAUAGCACAACAGCGAAAUCCUCCACGUCUUACCGCAGGCAACACCGAGGAGACCUCACCAGCGAAUGCUCAACAAACUGUGGACUCAAAUGGACCAUUAGCUGAUGAAACUAUGGAGUCUUCUUCAGUUGGGACUCCUGUGUGUGAGCUGACAGAGCGGUUUGACAAAGUCAAACUUAAUGAUCAUGAGAGGUCUGCUGCCAGUGAGCUCAACAAACAUGCUGCUGGCGACAAUUCUUUUCUUAAAAGGGAGGCACUGAAGAAGCCUCAUUACAUAUCUGUUCUUGAAAGAACUGAGAAGACCACUGGCUCAGGAAAGCCGAAGUUCAAGCCAAACCAGUUUCCACAACAGAGUGAAAACUCCUCAGGAUCCUCCUCACCCCUACAUGCCUCUGAAGGUUCAUCUCCUCUCUCUGCUGAAGCUCGGAGAGAGCAGGACAGAAAACACUUGGACGACAUCACGGCUGCCAAGCUUCCUCCCCUGCACCACAGUCCAGCCCAGCUCCUCUCCCUGGAGGAGUCGGCUCUACUGCUGAAGGAGCAAACAAAGAAACAACAGGAGCUGCAGGCCAAGCUGGCGGCCCAGAAACUGUCUGAGGGGUUGAAGGCCCCCAUGACAAGCUACACUCCUGACGGCCCCUCGGAUGCCUACAGAGAAGUUCACGACGAGGGAGCGCAGCUCUCCUCAGAGGAAGACUGAUGCAGGAAGGCCGGAGUCUGGGGGAACCAGCGUGACCUUGGCCCUGACGGAAACAGGCUUUCGACCUCGCAAUCAAGCGGGAUUUUCACUCCAAGGGCGAGAAUUCUGAGGAGAGGAAAGAGGCUCCGUGCCUGGCAUGAACUGACGCCUUCGGUCUGUUCACACGAAGUGAGAUGAAGCUCAGGUUGCCUUGGUUGAAAUUACAGAUCAUGUCAAGCAUUUUUAUCAGUUCAUUUGCACUGCAGAGGUAAAAAAAACAAAACAAGAAAAAAACUAUCUUUUACAUUUUAAUAAACAA